AUGCGGCGUUCGUCGGAGUUGACGCCGCUCGUGACUGAGAGCACUGCUCCCCCUCGCUCCUCCUGCUCAGCACGCAAACUACAUUCAUCUACCGGACGCUCGUCUCUACUCGUGAUCACUGGUGUGGCGCUGUUGCUUACGCUCGCGCUCGUGGUACACCAAGAUUCAUCACUAUCAAGUUUGAAGAACCUCAAAGGCACCACGAAUAACAAUUUCGAGAGACCCCACGACGAUUUCUUCUGCGGGAUUACGAAUCAUGAGACGGGCUACAUUAAAUUGCCGAACAAAGAUGACGACCAUUAUUUCUACUGGUUCGUAGAGUCCCGCAGUGAUCCUCAACAGGAUCCGUUGGUUCUCUGGUUAACCGGAGGACCUGGCUGCUCCAGUAUGAUGGCACUCUUGGCCGAGAAUGGUCCUUGCCACGUACAGUCGGAUCUGUCCACCAAGACCAAUCCAUACUCAUGGAACGGACAAGCCAAUGUAAUUUGGCUAGACCAACCCACCGGAGUCGGAUACUCUUACGGCCCUACCGCGGACUACGACUCCGGAGAGCACAACGUGGCUGAGAACAUCUAUUGGUUCUUACAGGAAUUCCUUAAAAAGCAUCCACAUCUGGCUGACCGGGAGUUCUUCGUAACUGGGGAAAGCUACGGGGGACACUACGUCCCUGCAGCUGCUAGUUAUAUACUUAAAGCCAAUAUGCUCCGACACUUAAGGCCGGACGCCGUACACAUUAACUUAGCCGGUAUUGCGGUCGGAAACGGCCUGACCGACCCGGCAGUGCAGUACCUACACAGUGUGGACAUGGCGUUCAACUCGUACAACGUGUCGCUGCUGAACGAACAAGCUGUUGAGGAUAUGCGGAAGGCACAGCCUGUGUGUCACGAACUGAUCAUGCAGUGUCAAAAAGACCGUCCGAGGUGUGUUGACGCCAUGGAGUUCUGCUCUGGAGCACUGGAAGGACCAUACUACCAGUCUGGACGUAACCCGUACGAUAUCCGAGAGCCGUGUACUGAAGAGAACGUCAUGAAGUGCUUCCACUUUGAACAUAUUGACCAGUACUUGAACACACCAAGCGUGUUGGACAAACUUGGUGUUGACGUACACAAGUCGAAACCGUGGCGAGAGUGCGAUGCAACUGUCGGUGCAGGCUUCGCAUUUGAUGAAAUGCUGUCGUCUGCUGACGAUGUUAAGCUUCUACUAGAUGCGGGGGUGAGAGUACUGAUUUACGCUGGUGAUGCCGAUCUCAUGUGCAAUUGGGUGGGCAACCAAGCGUGGGUUAUGGAACUGGAUUGGACCGGUAAAGCGAAGUUUAACAAUGCUCCUAACCAUCCGUUUGUUACGGCGGAAGACACGGAUGCUGGUCGUGUUCGGUCGUUUGAGAAUUUGGCCUUUAUUCGUGUCUUUAAUUCUGGCCACAUGGUGCCGAUGGAUCAACCGGCGGUGUCUUACGAGAUGAUCAACAAGUUUUUCCAGAACGAGGACUUCUGA